AUGCUCUCUAUGAAUAUGUUUUCACCCACACCCAGGCAGAAGAACUUAUUGGGACACAAAGAUGAUAAUGUAAAAGUAAUACUUUUUGGUGAAGAAGAUGUGAAAGUGAUCCCUUUUGGGGAAGAAGAUGUGAAAGUGAUCCCUUUCAGUGAAGAAGAUAUUAAAGUGAUCCCUUUUGGUGAAGAAGAUGUGAAAGUGAUCCCUUUUGGGGAAGAAGAUGUGAAAGUGAUCCCUUUCAGUGAAGAAGAUAUUAAAGUGAUCCCUUUUGGUGAAGAAGAUGUGAAAGUGAUCCCUUUUGGGGAAGAAGAUGUGAAAGUGAUCCCUUUCAGUGAAGAAGAUAUUAAAGUGAUCCCUUUUGGUGAAGAAGAUGUGAAAGUGAUCCCUUUUGGGGAAGAAGAUGUGAAAGUGAUCCCUUUCAGUGAAGAAGAUAUUAAAGUGAUCCCUUUUGGUGAAGAAGAUGUGAAAGUGAUCCCUUUUGGGGAAGAAGAUGUGAAAGUGAUCCCUUUCAGUGAAGAAGAUAUUAAAGUGAUCCCUUUUGGUGAAGAAGAUGUGAAAGUGAUCCCUUUUGGUGAAGAAGAUGUGAAAGUGAUCCCUUUUGGGGAAGAAGAUGUGAAAGUGAUCCCUUUCAGUGAAGAAGAUAUUAAAGUGAUCCCUUUUGGUGAAGAAGAUGUGAAAGUGAUCCCUUUUGGGGAAGAAGAUGAAAGUGAUCCUUUCAGUGAAGAAGAUAUUAAAGUGAUCCCUUUUGGGGAAGAAGAUGUGAAAGUGAUCCCUUUUGGGGAAGAAGAUGUGAAAGUGAUCCCUUUCAGUGGAGAAGAUGUGAAAGUGAUCCCUUUUGGGGAAGAAGAUAUUAAAGUGAUCCCUUUUGGGGAAGAAGAUGUGAAAGUGAAAAUUGAAACACCAAAUGCAAUUGAUGGUUUCUUUGCUCCUCCUUUGAUUGAAGCCGUGUCUGAGUCAACACUGAAUAAAUAUAAAGAAAUUUUACCAAAUUCAGAAGAAGAUCAAAAGGUUGUGCCUCCUGAAGAUGCAUUAACACCCACUGAAGAAUCAUUAGAACUUCUCCAACAUAUUACCAGAAAUGAUGUCCAAGAAGUUUUUGGAAGUACUCUUUCUGAAAUUUUGCCUAAUGUACAGCCUGAAAUUACAGCUGCUCUACAAGAAAAAGAACCUUCUAGUCAUAUCUGUCUAUCUAUCUAUCUAUCUAUCUAUCUAUCUAUCUAUCUAUCUAUCUAUCUAUCAUUAAACUAUUGA